UUAUGUACUGUAUGGUGAUCACGAAUCACGAUUAUAAAUCAACAUUCAAGUAUUUGAAGUAUUCAACAUUUCAUUAUUUCAACACUCAUGCUGCUGAAUGGCGAAUACAGAUUGACGAUUGUUAAUUUGUCACAUUGUCAUUGUCACGGUAUCUCUUCACUAAAACAACAAUCAAUGUUAUGGUUUUUCAAUCGUUUUAUUAUACUUAAAAGUUUUCAGAUUUCAUUAUUCCAAAAUUUAAUAGUUUCACGAUAUAAUCUUAAAAAACGAAUAGAAAAUUAUAUAAAAUGGGUUUCAAACAGUUUCUCACAAAUCAUUGGCGAUUAGUCAAUUCGAAUAAUUUGUUUAUCAACAGAUGUGCAAAUUCUGUUUUGGAAUCUCAUAACAUAGGAUAUGCUCAAAAAUCAGUGGUAAAUAAGUUACAAUUACCUUUGAAACCAAAGAAACCUAGUCCUCCAUUCUUUCAAUAUCUUAAAGAAAGGAAACAAGAAGUAAUUGAAAAACAUAAUUUAAAUUUCAAGGAUGCAAUCCGUUUUCUAAGUGAAUCAUGGAAGGACUUUGAUGAAGAUACUAAAAAAAAAAUGACUGAUAUUUAUAACAAAGAACUUGAACAAUACAAAGAAAAUAUAAAAGUUUUCAAUCAUAGCUUGACUGUUGACCAAAAAAAUGAGUUGUUUCGACUGAAAUAUGAACAGAUAGAACAAAGAACAAAACGCAAACUCAAAAAAGAAUUAAAAGAAUUAGGUAAACCUCGUAAACCUCUUACUGCAUAUUUAAAGUUUGUAACUGAACAAAUAAAAAAUCAUGGAAAUGAGCCAGUACAAACUUAUAUGAUAAAAGUUGCAAAUAAAUGGAAAGAAAUGGAUGAAAAUCAAAAAUCAAAAUAUAUUGAAUUAGCAGCUAUAGAUAAUGAUAAUUAUAGAAAUGCACUUCUUAAGUGGGAAAAUGAUAUGAUCAAAGCAGGACGAUUGGAUUUAGUUAGAGCUCGUGCACUAUCUAAAGAUGAUUCAGAUAUUUAAAAAUGUAGUUAUACAAUUUUUUUUUUUUUUUGUAUUAAUUUCUUCAUCAAUUUAUUUAUAUGUUAUU